GGUAGCCUUUAUUCACUAAUAUUUCUGGAUGCAGCCUUUAGUUGACGCACUUGCGUUCUUAAUUUUACACAAUACGUCAUCUUAAAUAAAAUAAAAUGACGACAGGUAAAUUCAAGUCAUGAGUACAGAAGACUCAAAUCCAGCCGCCACACCCACUCCAUGUGAAGACACCCAGGGAGAUGGACGAUGGAUGUCUUUGCACAACCGCUUUGUGUCUGACAGCAAAGACAAAGAACCUGAUGUUCUGUUUGUUGGAGACUCUCUGAUUCAGCUCAUGCAUGAGUUUGGGAUAUGGCGGCAGUUGUUCUCUCCUCUCCAUUGCCUUAACUUUGGGGUGGGUGGUGAUGCAACACAACAUGUGCUGUGGAGGCUGAGCAAUGGUGAACUGGAUAACAUCAGCCCAAAGGUUGUAGUGCUGUGGGUUGGCACGAACAAUCAUGGUCACACAGCUGAACAGAUCUGUGGUGGUAUCAUGGCCAUCGUCCAAGUCAUCAAAAACAAGCUCCACCAUGCACACACGCUUGUACUUGGUUUGCUGCCCAGAGGUAAAAUGCCAAAUCCUCUACGUGAACGAAACGCCAACGUGAACAAGCUAGUCCAGGAUGCCUUAUCAUCGCUUCCCCAUGCCUCUUUCGUUGACUUGGACCCUGGCUUUGUCCUCUCAGAUGGUAGUAUCUCUCACCAGGACAUGUACGACUACCUCCACCUGACCCCUCAUGGAUACCAAGCUGUGUGUGAACCUCUGCACGGCCACAUAAAGUCUAUGCUAGACAAGCCUGCUGAGAACUGAGCACCCAGGUUACAGAUGUACACUACCACAGUGGUCCCCGUCCCUGUUUAUAGAGAGUGUUGCACACAGCUUAUUAAGACUUUAAAGGCUGGUUAGGAUCAUCAUAAAGGCUAAGAGCAGAGCUUAUUUGUGUAUGUCUUCUCCAAAACCAGGGUUGGUGACCACUGUCACUGAGAAUGGGACCAUAAGGUUUUUUUGUGUUUACGAUAAAGUCAGAGACAAAAUAUUUUGUGCAACAGAGACAACAUCCUCCCCCUAUUUCCAUUACCUUCUAGUUUCCAAAAAUGUUCUCUCAUAAAAGGAUAAUUACAUUUCACUGCCACACGAUACAAGGGAUAAAUAUGAGGAAAACUCCAAAGUGCGGAUGACUGCACAAUUAGGAAAUUAAAAUUAGAUUAGAUUCAGAUGUUCAGUGGUUAUGAAUUAGAUGAAAGGAUUGAAGGUGUUAUAAACAUGCAGCAACUUCUUAGUUUUACAAAAGCAUUCUGUAUGUAAAACACUGCUUGCUGCAUCGUGAUAAAAGCUUUAUUUAUGAACAUGUGCUUCAGAUAUAAUCCCUUUAGCUACAAGUGUUGUGAACUAGUGAAGCUGGAUUGACCUUAGAAUAAUGGUUUCCUAGAAUGACUCCAGUAAGAAGCCCACAAUGCUCCGUCUUUCUGAGGCAUUGGGAACCGGAUCUAGUUGGGAAAUGGUUUAGGAAUUCUCAGAUUUGUACCAGGAUCUGCCUGGAUUUUAGAUACGACUGUACUUCUAAUUUGUCCGUUUUGUGUCCCAGUUUCACCCCAUUUCCACGAGUUACGUGUUUUUUUUGGCAUUAGAUUUUUUUUUUUUAAUUUUAAUUUUUUUUAAAAGAUGUUUCAUUAUAGCAGGAAAAGCACAGACAAAACCAGGAAACCUUCAGUGAGACAGCAUGCACACAAACUUCUAGUUCAGAUUGAAAUGCAGCUGUCACCAAUAAAAGUAAUUAGAUCUGUGCUUUCACUGCUUUAUUCGCUGUGAAAAAAGGUCUAUAGCUUUACUGUGAUUUCAUGUUAUUUUUUCUUUUGUACAUGUUAAUGUCAUUGACCAAAGGUUCUGACUUUGUCUGCAUGACAAGUUAGACUCAUUUGCUUUCAUUUCUUCUUGACAUGUUAUCUCAUUAUUGCCUUUGUACCAUUUUUCUUCUUUAUCAACAUCAGUGUUUCAUGUGAGUGACUGUGUUUUGUUUAGAUCAUAGAUGUAAUUGAUUAGAUUGUGAAACUGUAUUCAUGCAUCUAGUUGCUUGUGCUUAAAAUUCACCUUUGUCUCCAAUAUAUGGGUCAUUCAACCUUUUAAAUGCUUUACUUUCCACUGAAAUGCUUGAGCACCUCUUGGAUAUGGAGUGUGCCAUGGAAUUUGAAUCAUGGUCCAGGAUGGCUAGUUGCAUAAGUGAUGAAAGAAAUGCAUUAAAUUUCAAAGCAAAACGG